CGGACCAUGUUACUAGGAUCAUAGAAUGCUUCGCCGCUUUUGAUUCAACUUCGCUAUUUAAACUCCUCUUAGUCCUUGAUCUUCACACUUAGACGUUUCGUAAAGACUAGAGUGCCUGUAUUUGUGGAUACAUACCAAGUAUUUAUCAUCAACAAGUUAUCAUCACUUAUGUGCUUGACACAUUGAGUCUUCUUUGAAACUUACUUGGUCUCUUAUUCAAACUUUGUUGAUACUUUGCGCGGCUUCUUGACAUGAGUAGAUGGUUGUGACCUUAACGCAGUUUUACUCUUAGUAGGAUUUUGAGGAUUAUUCUCACCUUGAAAAUGAAAUAAAAGGCCCUUUAUUGUGAAUAAAAGCUGGGAUUAAAACGUUUACCAGAAUCAAGAAUCAUGAUCCAGUUGACUGCAGAUUAGCUUUCUUGUCGCCGGUUGGUCAAACCCGAAUCAGGAGUGUGAUGUCGUCAUCAAAGUGAGAAUCAAAGGACAUACGAACUUCUCCGCUGACCUUGUUGACUUUGUUACUCAAGAAAACAUAUACCUUGCCAUUUUCUACACAUUUUGCUCUUAAAAACCAGGGUAAUCUAAUUAGAAUUAAUCUUAAAUCCAUGGAGUGGAAGAAAGGGUGGUGUUUCUCGGAACCGCUUCCCCGGUGACUUACACAUUUUUGACAACUUUUUUUUUCGUUGAUUGGCAUCGGAACAUAAGCACCCUUACCAGGUGCCUCACUUCAGUCGAUGUGUGUACACAUGUGACGUUUACCUAUUGAUUGAAGCAAGCACACUAAGCGUUAUAUCGAUGACAUUGUGUCGGGUUGCCGAUUUGCAUCCCCAUGUUGAUUGGCCCACCUGCCCUUGGUAAACUUCCACUCAAGAAAUCCCACAGAGAGAUAGAGAGACGAAAACAGAAAGCAAAGAAGAUGAGAUAAUGUAGUUGGAUUUGAUUUAUUCAUGGUUAGUCCGGUUCGAGCAGAGCUAAGCACUACUUAUCCUCUUACGGCGGAAUUUUGUUUCAUUUAUUCAUUAAAAGCAAAUCCUUCGUCACAAAUCUAUGAGGAAGCGUUGUUAUUUGGUGUACCUUUCGGUCGAAGUGUUACUAUAGUGACGAACUUGUUCUCAAACAAGAGUAUACGAAUGUUAGUUACCAAAAGCUUAGAACUGUUUUUGAUCAACAACAUUCAGCAGGCGCAGUUUCGUUUUCCACGUCCAUGAAUCGAGCACGGUCAACACUUUAAUAUUUAUAUCUGCAGGAAUAUAUUGUUCCCUAUCAUGCCAUCGAGCUUCUUCGUUACAUUUCUCAUGCUAACGAGGAAGGGGUCUUAGCCUGAUUGAUAAACCUAACAAACCAUUGCAUACUUUUUUCGCUGAGCCUACAUUUACUGUUCUACAUUUUGCCAAAAUUGGUAAUCUUUUACAUCUUCCUUAGAAUGCAUGCACAUCGUACGUUGACCCGCAUGCCAUCUCUAAACAGACGAGCAUAAACCAAAGCCCCAACGUUUGCAAACUCAGGAAUUUACUGAAAGAAACUGACGCACGAUGCACCUAGGAAUCUGUAUCCCAUGAUAUAUCAACAUGAAAGAUAUAUUGAUGAUAAACAGCACGGAAUGCAUCAUCCAAUAUACCUAGCUAGCUGGAAACUACAGAUAUAGAAAGAGGGGAGGAUAGGGCGAGGAGAUACAAAUAUUGACCAGGAUAUCCUUGUGUUCUGCGAAUAAUUUUCUUGUGGGAGACGACCAGCCCCAUCAGGUAUGGAUCCCAGUCGUGAGGGCGACCGAAGAGGUGGCGUCCUCAACACCACAGAGACUGUUGUAAACCCCAUGGACAUACCGAACAAUGCCAGUCCGCUGCUUCUCCAGAAUGAGUCGAGUCCAUUGGAUAUUAUGAUGGGAUUUAUACCCGGAUCUAACCAGACACCAGGACAGGAUCAAGACAAAGGGGACUCACAAUCUCAGCAACCGAAAGGGAGUCCAACUUUCAAGAUGUCGAAGAUGCCAGAGAACUCGGUGGAAUCACUCUUCCUCCAAGCCACUGAGAGGGGAGACCGUAAAGCCAUCAUUUUCGCUCUCGAAAACGCUCCAGACCUCAACGUCAAUUGCACGGAUGCAGAUGGAAAUUCCGCCUUGGUCAUAGCAAUACAAAAUGGAAAUUCAGAUAUAGUAAAGUUAUUAUUGGAUCAUAAUAUUCAACUCGGUGAUAGUUUAUUACGUGCAGUAGAUGCUCAAUUUACCCAGGGUGUACGACUCAUAUGCGAUCAUAUAAAGAAGAAAAAUAUUCCAGAAGCGUUGAAUUGCAAGGCUCUAAAUGGUGAUUUUCACCCCGACGUCUCGCCGUUAGUCCUGGCCGCUCAACACAACCAUUUCGAUGUGAUCAAGAUCCUCCUGGAGGCAGGAGCCAGGAUAAAGGACCCUCGGGAGUAUGUGGACCAAAGUGAGGUCCACACCCUGGAGAACUCUGUUGGUAUGCUCAAUCUAUACAAGGCCUUGGCUAGCCAGUCUUAUAUUUCUCUGACGUCAUCAGAUCCAUUCAAUACUACGUUUGAGCUGUGUGCGAAGCUACGGAAACUGAUGAGGACCAAAUACGAGUUCUGUGACCAGUUCCAGGAACUAGCAGACCAGUGUGAGCAGUUCGCUGCUGAUCUACUGGACCAGGUACGAGAUUCGGGUGAGCAGGCCUACAUCUUAAAUCACGACUCGUAUGGCUGGGGUAACCCUAACUCAACCCUUGCCACCGAACAGCCGAACAGAGUCAAAGCAGCCAUUCACUUUGAACAAAGAAAGUUUGUAGCCCACCCUCACUGCCAGCAGCGGCUGAUCGAGCGCUGGUACGCCGGGCUGCCGGGAUGGCGUGACAUGAACGCGUUCAAGUCCGGUCUUCUCGUUUUCCUGAUCGGCCUGGGUUUCCCCCUCCUAUCCAUAGCCUAUAUCAUCUACCCCCGGGGGCGGUACCGGGACUUCCUCUCAAUACCCUACGUCAAGUUCGUCUGCCAUACGUCAUCCAUGAUCUACUUCCUCCUCCUGCUCCUCUACCAAACGAUGGCGGAGAACCAGGUUAGAACGGAGACGGACACGUUGAUAGACGGUAACGGGACGACCACGGCGACGAAGACCAUCGAUUCCAGGUCGGAGCCGCCGACGAUAACCAUGUUACUCAUCGUAGCAUGGGUAGCAGGUCAAACGUGGCAAAAGUGCAAGGAAUUAUGGUACAAUGGAGCUAGGUUCUUUGUCAACUUGUGGAAUUAUUUUGAUUUCUUCAUGCUUUCUCUUUUUUGGAGUUUCAUCGCACUCAGAGUUAUGGUCUAUAUUCAGGCACUCGCAGACCAAAACGCAUCAUUCCACAUCGCACCGCGGUCGCAGGAUUUCAAUGCGACCCUGUCCCCGCCAACAAGUGCCAGUUCCUUGGACGCUAGCGUCAUCAACGACAACGCUGUGGUCACCGAAACCCUGGACGGUAUCCAGGAUAAUUUGCAGGGUAUCCAUGAUCGUCUUGACCAGCUGACCAUUGGUCAAACCCAAAUCAAAUCCUUGUUUUCAGGGGAUGCGGGAGAGGGGUCAUCAAGCAGAAGACGGGGCAGUGGCGGGCUAAGUAAGACUGACAUCACUGACAAUGAAGACUUUGAGAGGGCAAAUUGGGGUCCCUACGACCCGGUCCUGAUUGCAGAGGCUCUUUUCGCCAUAGCAAAAGUGUUGAGUUUUCUUCGCCCUAUCUGUAUUACUGUGGUUAAUCGUCAUGUAGGGCCUAUGCAGAUCUCUCUCGGUGGUAUGAUCAUUGAUAUCUGCAAGUUUCUUCUCAUUUUCUGUUUCGUUUGGUUCGCUUUCUCGCUUGGUAUGAACCAACUCUAUUGGUACUAUUCAGCCUUUAUUACAACUCAGCCGUUUGGAUCAUUAGGGGAAACGAUGGCCACGCUUUUCUGGGCUCUGUUCGGUCUCCCUGACAUGAAUAUCGUAAACCUGUCGAGCCAAGCAAACAUACCCCAUACCUUUACACAAACGGUGGGGAACUUCCUUUAUGCCACCUAUCACGUGAUAUCCAUCGUGGUGCUCCUGAACGUGCUUAUCGCUAUGAUGAGCAAUACGUAUACGCGUGUUGAGAUGGAUGCCGAUAUUGAGUGGAAAUUUUCGAGGUCUAAACUCUGGAUGAGCUAUUUCGACGAUCUCGGCACAGUGCCCCCACCGUUCAACAUCAUACCAACGCCAAAGGCCUUCUUUUAUUUCUUCCGUUGGUUAUUUUGUGAAGUUUGUUGCAGAGGGGAUAUGGCAAAAGCAUACAAGGAACGAUUGAAGAGCUUAGUAGAUGAACGUCAACUGCGUUUCAAGGAAGUGUCGGACCAUCUGGUCAAAAGAUACCACUUCGAGAAACGUCACCAGGAAGACGACGACGACCAGGCCAACAUCCUCAACGAGCUCAAGCAGGACAUCUCGGGUUUCAAGUUCGAGAUGUUCGAGGCCCUGGGUGAGAUGGACAAGAAGAUUCGGCAGGUGGAAGCCAAGGUGCACGACAAGGACUUGGAGGACGAUGGCGCACUCGGCACAGGGAUGUUCCAGGCUCUCCGCGAUGCUAUGAAAGAGCCCGAACGAAGGGACAGCAUGAUGUCACUGUCAUCGGGAUGCUCAGAAGCAAUGGUCGACAUGGCCCAGGCAAAAACCGAGAAGAAACCGAAAUGGCUGGACGAAGCUGAUAUGGAACUUCAACCGCUGGUCCCGCCUGUCGUGAACACGACGCGAGAGGAGGCUCCGACAUCCCCACCUAACGGCAUCCACGCCAACCAACUCCGCUUCAUUGACGAGGACGAUGCGCUAGGAACACACAGAAACACAGAAGUAUAGUAUUUAGACGUAUUACUUCGGCCUGCUGUCAAACUCUUGCGAUGUUUCUGCUAUUUUCUAUCUUGCAAAUCCAGUAGAACUUCUAUCUUCAGUCUAGACCAGACUUUGGCUGUUUCUCUUGUAUAAUGCCAUGCUUGAUCAGAAAUCUUCUUCUACUAUUCAAAAUGUAGUCGAGACUCACCUUUCUUACUCUCUGGUGUGCCGCGAACGAAAAUAUGCCUGAUUUGUAGCACGUGAUCAGAAUGGAAUGUGUGUUAUUAGCCGGUAGUGUAUGCUUUUCUGACGUCACAACUUGUGCUCUUUUUACCAUGACGUAACAAAGUGUGUCACCCGUCAAUACUUCUUAAAUGUGUGUAUAGAGUGUAUGCCUAUCAAUAUGAGAAUGGAUUUCGUAGAUUAUUAUUUCUCUUUGUAGAAAGUGGUAGAUAAACUUUUCGAUAUUCUAUUACUUUCAGAUAUCUUCAUCUUUUUUGCUCUUAAAACCCGACUUUCAGCUUUUUUGUGUACACUGCAAAAACCCCGGUGUUGAUUAAACACCAGCCCGGAAUCUAUAUGUCCACACCAGCGAAGUAUUGAUACAACAUACUAAUUGGUGUUGUAUAAACACCUGUCUGGUGCUAUAGACCAAUACCAAACCGGUGUUGUUUAACACUUUUCUGGUGUGGACAUAUGGAUUCCGGGCUGGUGUUAAAUCAACACAAGAGUUUUUGCAGUGUAGCUGCUUUUUUCAAUUAUUGAGUGCUUAUAUCUACCACAUAGAUUGUCCUAGCAUCUACUGUAUAAUGUUCAAAUUUAGAAAUUCGAAUAAUUGGUAUUCAGUCCUGUUGAAAAUCUGUCCUUUGUUUUUUUUUUUUCAUUUCGCUAAAAUGUAUUGAUAUACAUCAAAUUCUAUCCGAUGUGAAAUCGUUCAAAUACACGACAACAUUUCAAAAACCUAAUUUUGAUCACCAACUCCGUAUUAUGUAAGAGGCGAGAAGAAUAUGUAAUUUAUAUCAUUACUACGACAGUGCGUACAAAAAAAACCGGGACAGUUUUGAAAGUCUAUCAAAACUUUGUUUCAAAUUAAGAUGUCAAUAGAUGCUCUGAAGUCGUAUCUUUCAAAUGCCAUUUGAAGGUUUGUUCAUCCUUGGAACGUUUUUGUCAGGAGUUAAAAAAAAAGGCUUGCGCCAAAUGGCAAAAAUGAAAAAGUAUUGACGAUCAGACCUUCUGCUACUCAGCAGACUCCCUCUUAAGCUUUUCAUUAUCUUUGCCCUAAUUUUCGAAUCAUGCUUUCAAAAUCCAUUUACAACGCAUUAAUUUACAUAAAUUGUUUUGUAUUUUCAUUUUAAUAUCUUUUAGCAUUCCUUCAUAAAUAAGAAAAAAAAUGUUUGCCAACCCAAGCAAGGAGAUUUGCAUUAUCAAUGGGCGAGCUUGUAAUUUAUUCGAAUCCUUUUGUUAUGUAAAACAAAGGUUAUGGUGACUUUAAAAGUCAUAAAAUCCUAAAUGAGAAGGGGACAUUGAUUCCUUGAACAAGUUAAAUUGUGUGUUUUGUGCUUGACAGGGUGUGGGAGAAUUUUUUAAUGGGGUGCUGAUUUGAAUUCGACAUGCAAAACAAAAGAGUUUUCGCUAUAAAAUUGGGGUAAUUUUUGUUCAAUAUUUACAUUUUAACAUACGUAACAGGGGUGCUGCCUAUGAUGAAUUAUACACGGAUCACUUCCGGGGAAAUCUUGGUGGGGUGGGAGUUCAGCACCCCCAGCACUCUUCUUUUUAGGGCCAUGGUGCUUGACAGGACAAUAUUAAUUCUAACAGGAAAAGUUUCAUGUCUUUCAAAUGCACCAUACCGUUUGUUUCACAUUACAAAAGGAUUUGGAUAAAUUACAAGCUCGCCCAUUUUGGUAAUGCAAAUCUCCUUGCUUCGGUUGACAAAUAUCUUUUUUCUUGGUUAGGAAUUAGGAAUGCUUAUAAAGAUGACGUAGUAACAUGAAAAUACAAAACAAUUCAAGUAAUUGCUUUUUAAAUGGAUUUCGAAAGCAUUAUUCGAAAAAUAUGGCAAAGAUAAUGAAAAGCUUAAGAGGAAGUCUGCUGAUUAACAAGAUGUCUGAUCGUAAACAUUAUCUAAUUUUCUGUCAUUUGGCGCAAGCCUUUUUUUUACCCCUGACAAAAAGAUCCCGUGUGCGCUCAAGCAUGAACAAAACUUAUUCCUUUCGCUUUCAGAAGAUAAAACUUCAGAGCAUCUGUUUACAUCACAAACUACAUAUCAUGAUUUGAAACAAAAUUUUCAUACACUUUUGAAAAUUGUCCCGUUUUGUGUUUUUUUAUACGCACUGUAUAUCUUUAUUCUCUUUAUUCAGUUAUUUAUCAGAUUUAACGCAGGAAUGAUAUUUCUUGGAA